AUGUUCAGGUGGAAAGCCCCUUUCUCUUUCUCCUCCGUUCACAUCAGGUGUCUUCCCCUAAACUCUGGGAAAGAUGAAUUCAAGGGAAAGCACGUGGAUGGAAGGAAGACUGGAACCACCCCGCCGGAAGCUGAUCCAGUGCACACUGAGAGUUCGGUACGCUUUGAUGGUGUGGGUGGUCUCUCUCACCACAUUUCAGCCUUGAAGGAGAUGGUCCUGUUUCCACUGCUUUACCCAGAAUUCUUUGAGAGAUUCCAAAUCCGGCCCCCCAGAGGCUGUCUGUUCUAUGGCCCACCAGGCACUGGAAAGACACUGGUGGCUCGAGCGCUCGCAAACGAAUGUAGGCAGGGAGACAAGCAAAUAGCGUUCUUCAUGAGAAAAGGUGCCGACUGCCUCAGUCAAUGGGUAGGAGAAUCCGAGCGACAGCUGCGCUCAUUAUUUCAGCAGGCCUAUGAGAUGCGGCCUUCGAUUAUUUUCUUCGAUGAGAUCGAUGGUCUCGCCCCUGCGCGCUCCAGUCGCCAAGACCAGAUUCACAGUUCUCUUGUCACAACGCUCCUGGCACUUAUGGAUGGCUUAGACAGCAGAGGAGAGAUCGUGGUCAUUGGAGCCACCAACAGGCCAGACUCCCUGGAUCCUGCUUUACGAAGGCCUGGACCCUUUGACAGGGAGCUCCUUUUCACCCGGCCAAACAAAGAGGCUCGCAAAGAGAUUUUCCAGAUCCACACGAGAGACUGGAGCCCUAAGCCACCGGACGCGCUGCUUGAUGAGCUUGCUGAGAAAUGCGUCGGAUACUGUGGGGCUGACAUUCAGUCCCUCUGCGCUGAAGCUGCCCUCUGCGCUUUGCAUCGACGCUAUCCCCAGAUCUACACAAGCAGUCAGAAGCUGCAGAUCGAUGUUGCUGCCAUUGAAAUCACAGCAACAGACUUUCUCGUGGCUAUGCGGAAGACUGCACCAGCUUCACAGAGGGCUGUGGCUUCCCCUGGACAACCACUGUCACCCAUUUCCAAGCCACUGCUUCAGAACACGCUGGAGAGGCUCCUAAAAGGCGUGCAGAGGGUGUUUCCCCACGCAGCGCUUGCACUCAAGAAGGACCGACAGCCAGAUGGUACCAAUCAUUUCUUAGAAAAUGCCUGCAUGGACAGUGAUGAGGAGUCACCUUCUGGUCUUGAAGAUGAGCCGUUUCAUCCACGGCCUGGCCAGCAAGAGCAUACCUUCCUUAGCUGUAGCAGCAAUGCUUGUUGCCAGCCAGCAUGUCACAGGCCCAGGUUCUUAAUUGCUGGAGAGCCCGGAUACGGGCAAAGUUCUCACCUGGCGCCUGCACUAAUACACGCGCUGGAGAGGUUUCCGGUUCAUGUGCUGGACCUGCCCGCUCUCUUUGCUUGCAGCACCUCACCCGAAGAAAGAUGCACACAGUUGAUCUGGGAAGCCCAGCGGACAGCACCGAGCAUCAUUUAUAUUCCACAUAUCCAUGCCUGGUGGGAGGCUGCUGGAGUCACCUUGAGAGCUACGCUCACAACAUUACUAGAGCACAUUCCAGCAUAUGCUCCAGUGCUGUUGCUCGCUACAUCGGAUGUCUGCCAUGCAGAUCUCCCGGAAGAGGUACAAGCAUUGUUUUCUGAGAUUUAUGGAGAAGUUUUCAAUGUCCAGUCACCUAGCGAGGAGGAAGGCAGAAAGUUUUUUGAGGACUUGCUUGUCCAGCAAGCUGCUAAGCCUGCGGUGCCACCAAAGAAAGCAGCUUGUCAGGCACUGGAAGUCCGGCUUGUGCCAUUACCACCUGAGCCUCGACUGCUGACAGAGGGGGAAGAGAGGCAGCUUGAGGAGCAAGGGGAUGAGACACGGCCAGCGGUGCCUGGAGAUUCCAGUACACCCCUCUCUGCUGCUGCCUGCAGACAAAAGCGAAGGAGGAGCACAUCACCCUCAGAGAGCCUAGCAGAGAAGAGGCGGAAAUGUUCACCGCGUGCUGAGACGGAGGCCAGCAUCUGUCUCUGGCACCUGCUGAAUGUCGCUGGCAAGGCAACAAGGGACUGCAACAUCCGCCACCUUGAAAAACUACACCUGGUGCUCAGCCAGUGCGUUUACCGCCAUCGGCAAGACGAUGACAAAACGCGGUUAAUAGAGGGCCAUCACAGGCCAGUGGACACCAAGAAGGGGAAGCUGGCCAAGAUGCUCACCGGGAGUAUGACCUUCGGCCCAGGAACACUGCUGUUCAGUAUCAAGAGCCUUUGCAACGUGGGUUACGUGCACCUGUCCUCAGAAGACGAUGAAGAGCCAGAAGAGGAUGAUGGCAAGGAUACUCCAAAGCCAUCUGACCUCAGGCAAACAGCUGAAGACACUCAAGCCCCACUGGAAGCCAGAAUCCCCUUCCACAAACUGUCAUUAGACAGUUUCAUCGUGAAGUACAAAACUGUCCACCUGCCCUUCUUCACGCUUGGAUAG